UGCAAAUUCUUUUGAUCAUUAAACCCUGCAUUCUUUGCAUUCCCGAGAUUACUUUCAAAACAGAGUCGUUGUUCGUGAUAUUAACAUGGCAGCUGACAUAGAGUUAGGGAGCAAUCUAGUUUCGAGUCCUUCUAGUUGCAGGCACCCUCUCGGUCCUGGUUCUGUUUCUGGUUCUGGGUCAGCCAUUGCUCCUACCAUUGAGAAUGUGGUGUCGACUGAGAACCUGGCUUGCAAGCUGGACCUCAGAGCCAUUGCCCUCUAUGCUCCAAAUACUGAAUACAAUCCAGCAAAGUUUGCUGCGGUGAUAAUGAGGUUAAGGGCAACCAAAACCGCUGCUCUCAUAUUCUCUUUGGGAAAGAUGGUUUGCACUGGGGCCAAAACCGAGCAACAACCCCUCUUGGCUGCCCGUAAGCAUGCUCGGAUUAUUCAGAAACUCGGUUUUGAUGUUAAGUUCAAGAAUUUCAAGAUUCAGAACAUGGUUGCCUCUUAUGAUUUUACAUACCCUUUAAAUCUUACACGGCUUGGGAAUUUUCAUAGCGCGGUUUCAAUAUACGAGCCAGAGUUGUUUCCAGGAUUGAUUUAUCGGAUGAAAAACCCUUAAAUUAAGGUUAUGGUUUUUGCUUCAGGAAAGAUAGCUAUCGCUGGAGCUCAGAAGAGAGAGGAGAUUCUAAAAGCCUUUGAGAAGAUAUAUCCAAUUCUCAUAUCUUUCAGAGCAGACAAGUGAAACAAUUCCUGAAGAAGACCUGACAGAGAGUUCCUGGAGAA